AUGGCCCAUGGUUUGUCCGAGGUGGACUGGUACUUAAACCUGGUUCUGGCUCCUAUUUUUAUAUUCACCAGUUUUAUUGGCAAUGCGCUGGCCAUCCUGGUCCUGAAGAGAAAACCUUUUCACAGUCUCCCCAUGUCUGUCUACCUGACCUUUCUGGCUGUGGUCGAUGCUGGCACUGUCAUUAGUGGGCUCUUACCCAGAUUUAUUCUCGCCGCUACAGGUUAUGACGUUCGAAGCGAGACGGAGUUCUCGUGUCAAAGUGAGAUCUUCAUUAUGUAUUUGUUCACCCAACUGAGCGCCUGGACGCUGGUAAUCGUCACAGCUGAGAGAGUCAUUUCCAUCAUUCGGCCACACAAGGUCAAACUCGUCUGCACUAAGAACCACUCUGCGGUGGCACUUCUGACCACUACGGCCCUUGUCGCCCUCACAAACAUCCCGAUAUUUUUCAUCUUCGGUAAGUAUUCGAUUCCCAAAAGGACUCGAAAGUACGGAGACGAUUCCACCCCGUCAUCCUCUAAUAGCACUUCCUCGUCUCGCGCAUGCGUAAUAAAAGACGAUGGAGGGAGAAGCAAGAGCGCCUUCUUCACGACACAGUUCUUAAAACAGUGUCUGCUUCCUUUUGUCAUUAUCUUCGUCUUCAACUGCAUUAUCAUCGCUGGGCUGGUCAGGCGUCAGAAGAUGAUGAAGAGGCGUUCCUACGAAACCACCCUACCCGAUGGCUCGCUGCAAAUCCGUACCAAGUCUGGGCUGAAGAAGGUAGUCUCUAGGCGGGACGCCUCACUUUCUGUGGUAUUGGUAAUCGUCAACGCCGUAUUCCUCGUCUGUACAUUCCCCAUCGGUAUCUAUCAGCAAAUCAUGGCCAAUAUCCCAGAGCGUGGCAUUGACAGCCCGGGUCACGUGAUCACGUACACAGUGCUGGUCUUUAUAUUCUACCUCAACAACUCGCUGAACCUUGUGCUGUAUUACGUCUCGGGGUCAAGGUUCAGGGAAGAGCUAAGAAGCUUGUUCUAUUGUCGUCGUCUGCAAGACAUUUAG